AUGGCACCUCAAAAAAAAAUGACAUUGCAAGAGUUCUUCAGUGACCAGUCUUUUGGAGGCUCUUGGGCAGAUGAUGAAAUAGAUAUGGCAUCUAUAUCAGUUCCCAUAGAAAAGCACAAACACUCGGUAUAUUCAAAAGAUCCGUUUGGAAGCUCGCAUCCCUCUGGUGGAUUUGGUGGCCAUUCGUAUAAUAGGCUGUCUGGGAUUCAUGAUAAUGGGCCGCCGUACAUAGUGAAGUUAUUGAAUCUUCCGAUUACGUCUAACGAUGGGUUUAUUGAAGAUUUGUUUAAGAGUAGAUACACGACGUUUGUUAAGUUUAAGAUAGUGGUGGACCCUUCGUCGAAUAUUCUAGAGACGCAUGUUAUUAAGAAAGUAGCAUUCGUUGAGUUAGAAUCAUUCCAGGAAAUGAAUAAGGUAUUAAAAUGGCAAGAUUUAUAUUACAACGCGACCAGAAGGGUUGUGGUUGAAUUGGCAGAUUUCCAUGAUUUUCAGCACUGUAUUAGCUUUAAUCAAGAUCACGAACGGGAAAUCCAGCAAAUCCAGGAUGAUUUUGUUAAGCAAAAGCAAAGCCAACAUUUUGGCCAUGGCGGAUUUGAUCAUGGUCCAUCACGCAAUAUUAAUAUAAACUCUCCUCCAAAGAAGUAUCAGCCAUUAAACUCUCUGGCUAUUGCAUCAUUACAGCCAAGUUUAUCCGACAGAAAAUCAUCAAUACUGCAGGAAGGUUCCGUAGCACCUCCAGUGGCAGCACCUCCAAAGAAUAAGCCAAAUCCCUUCGGCGCAGCAAAACCAGUAGACGUAUUAUCAAAACAACAUGAGAUUGACAAGAAGCUUAUUACGAUCAACCACACGACUAUUAAGACUUUAGGUCCAAUGGCUGAUAGUCUUGAUUUGGAUCAACAUGAUGCGACAGAAAAGCAUGCAUCGUCAGAAGAAUCCCACUUUCCCCGUGAAAGAAGACCGUCACAGAAAAGUUCCAGGCGGCCUUCAGUUAAUAUUUUGAAGAGGCCUUCACCCUCUACAAAUCAGAAUGUGCCUAGUCCUGAAUCGCAUCCAGAGGCGCAGGAAACAGAAACAUCACAGUUAAUGAAAGCUCCUAUCCCAGAAUCCAUAUAUGCUCCAAAGGAUGAUAAUAAAAGUCUUGCAGAGCUAUUAAGUAAAAACAAAAACCCUCCUCCCCCUAAAGGGAGAGGUACUCCUAAGUCAAUUAAAAAUUCACCAAAGCCAAAUACUAAUAAACCAGUAAUAUUGAAAAAGAAGACUCAAACACCAACAGUAGACUUAACGGUCAAAGAAAGCCAAUUCAUUUCAAAUUCGGAAAAUUCUGCAGCAAAUAUGGAUCUCGACAAAAAAUCUAAGGAUAAGGAAAUAGAAGAUAAAUUGAAGAAAAUUAAUGAUUCUUUAUCACAAAAUAAUAAACUGGAAGUCAUGCAUGAGUCUCAUGUGAAUGGUUCAAGCAAAUCCAAAGAAAAUGUUCCUGAUGUGAAACCUUCGCGCGAAGUAGACGGCAAGAAAAAUGAAGCACAAUCUGUCCCUGCUCAAGAGGAAAACAAGAAAACGAUCGAAGUACAUGCUCCCCCAUCCCAAGAAGCUGAACGGGCAAAGGACAGACCAAAUUUCAAGAAGCAUUUUGCAGAAUUAAGUAAAAGACAGAAUGCCCAGAGAGAAAAGAUGCAAAAUUCCCAAAAUACUCGUUGUAACUCUCAUUCACAAACUCUCAAUAAUAAAAAGAGCAAUGGCUUGAACUAUAGACGCCAGGAUCCAAAAGAAUUAGGUUUACCCACCGAAGUAUCGAAAACCACAUCUCUUGGUAUUCAAGAUGCAAGUGAUACGAGGAAUAUCGUGGUGAAGAGUAACAGUAAUGAGGAUACCAGUAAAGAUGAUCGGGUACCGGGGCCAAAGGUUUCCGGAAGAAAUAAGAACAGGUCUUCUGGAAGAGCUAAAGCGACAGAUUUGCCAAAGAAAGAUGUUAAAAAAAUGGAGGAGGUCAAGUCCAGAAGGCUACAAGCUAAUCUGAAAGGUAACAACACCGGUAAAAAUGGUAAGAAGACUAAAGAAACUAGCAAUUCAGAUCAAGUUGAGGCCCUUAAUGGUACUAAGGAUGUGAAAGAAGUAAAUGAUGUAAAAGACUUCAAAGAUAUGAAAGAUAUAAAGCCUGAAGCAUCUAUAAACGCACUGAAUGAUGCGAUAAUAACUAACGAAAAAAGAAGCAAAACCCCAGAAUUAAUUGGAAAGGAAGUCAUCACAGAUCCUAGCAAUGGGCAGACAUCGUCUUCCACUGGUGGAAAACAGAAUAUUGCAGAUUCCGUAAAUACGAAAGAGACGGAUGCAACAAAGUCAGAUGUGCUGUCGGACAAGAUUUCUACUGCCUCCAAUCGUGGUAGAGGUAGAGGAGGUAGAGGAAGGGGUAGGGGUGGUUUUAGGGGUUCUGUUAGAGGUUCGAGAGGAAACCGAGGAAGAGGAAACUUUAAUCUUCAUUAUGUGAGAAGUAGAGAUGAUAAGAACGCCGAAAGUUGA